AUGGCUUCAGACACCAGAAGGAUACAAGCAGCAGCGAGUACCAGUCCCUUUUUUGUUCUGCUGACAAGAUCACCCUCUGUCACCUGCUCAACAUCAUGAAGGUCUCCACCGCUGCCCUUGCUGUUCUUCUCUGUACCAUGACACUCUGCAACCAAGUCUUCUCAGCGCCAUAUGGAGCUGACACCCCGACUGCCUGCUGCUUCUCCUACAGCCGGAAGAUUCCACGCCAAUUCAUCGUUGACUAUUUUGAAACCAGCAGCCUUUGCUCCCAGCCAGGCGUCAUUUUCCUGACCAAGAAAAACCGGCAGAUCUGUGCUGACUCCAAAGAGACCUGGGUCCAAGAAUACAUCACUGACCUGGAACUGAAUGCCUGAGAGUCUUGGAGGCACCGAGGAACCCCCAAACCUCCAUGGGUCCCGUGUAGAGCAGGGGCUUGAGCCCCAGAACAUUCCUGCCACCUGCAUAGCUCCAUCUCCUAUAAGCUGUUUGCUGCCAAGUAGCUACAUCCAGGGACUCUUCACUUGAAAUUUUAUUUAAUUUAAUCCUAUUGAUUUAAUACUAUUUAAUUUUGUAAUUUAUUUUAUUGUCACACUUGUGUUUGUUACUAUUUAUUCUGAAAGACUUCAGGACAUGUUCCUCAACCCUCAUCCCCCUCCCAGUUGGUCACACUGUUUGGUGACAGCUAUUCUAGGUAGACAUGAUGACAAAGUCAUGAACUGACAAAUGUGCAAUGGAUGCUUUGUUUAUACCAGAGAAGUAAUAAAUAUGCCCUUUAACAAGUGA